AUGGGAGGAACGCGAGUGUUACCAUGGGCAGAUUGGUCGGAAUGGAAUGAACUCCGAGACAUGAUCCAUAGCGGAACAACGGAGCGCGCCGCUAAGCGGGUUGCCCUGUACAGACUGCGCCGGCGGGAUGCAGUCCCAAUUCGGAUGGCAAGCACUAUAACGUUAAUGAGGCAGCUUGAAAAUCCUGAUCCAGAUCCUUACCUGCAACGUUUAGCUCUUUCUAUGACUUUGAUAAGACUAGUGAACGGAACUACGGAUCAACUGCAACCACGAGGUGAAAGGUCGAUAGCACGAAGCGUCUAUUCUCUAGCAGUUGAUCUUAAACUCCCGCUUAUACUCGUUGAAAUUCGGCACCAGGCCAGUCACAACGCCCUUCCGCGGCUUUCUGUACUAAAGAAAGCCGCUGAGAAAGCCCUCGUAUGGCUUGAAGAAAAUUACUGGGAGCCUCAGAGGAAGGGCAUAUCUUCCGCUCUUGAAGGUACUGCAACUGGGAUUAGGAAAGUCUUCGGGGCUGCGACAGAUGAUAUGAACUAUGAGAUUCUCAAGAAUGGACCCGAAGAAAUCGCAUCAACAGCUGUGACCGAGGGUGGGUAUGAGACUCCUAUUCAUCAUUCAGUGCUUGACAGAAUGAGGGAGCUGUCCGAGAAGCUAGAAUGCAAUGCGGGAAACAAGAAGAAGACUGUGCCAACACAGCACAGGACUACAGAUAGACCGCGAUGGGCGUUGUGUAAUAAUCACGAAGCCUGGAGGAUCACUCCAUUGGGGCUUGUUCCUGGUCAAACCCGAUUCACCCAUCUAGUGAGCGUUGAGACAAGACCACAGAAUUCAAUGGAACAGGAAAGCCGUGGGUUCAUCGAGAUGGAACAAAACGAAACCGACGAGAAUCAUCCCCGAAUAGCUUCAGCUACCAUUCGGAAACGUGAUGGGUGCGAAAGUGAAGCAGAUCGCCCUCAAAAGGCCAGAAAGCGUUUUUCUGCAGAAGAAGAAUCGUAUAUGGCGAGAAAAAAAGAAGAGUUCAACUCUUUGCUUCAGGAAACUCAGUGUUCUAUAGGCGAAACCAUUGUGCCAAGCACAUGA